GAAAGUGAGAUUCGUUAGAAAGUGGAUCGCGGUAUCGUCAAGUUUUUCGCGCUUUUUUUUUUCGGUGUCCAAUUUACUCUCGAUUCGUUGAAUCGGUUUUGGAAAUUGAACUUUGAAUUUUUUCUCGAGUCGACUCGAUUAACUCGGAUUCGCCGUUGCGGUCAAAAAAAAAAAAAUAGACAACAUGACGCUGGAGAUGGAGAAUCGAAUAAAUUCUGCCGAGUUGCUCCAUAUGAAGGAAUCGUUGGCUAUAGCAGAAAGCUUGGCCAGAGCUAGUCUGAUGACUUCUCCAUCGGCCGAACGACGACUUCGCGCUAGACAACUGGAACUCGAUUCCAAAGAUGACCCUAAUGGAUAUGUGCCGCCUAAACACGUCUUACUCUAUCUCGUCAGAAUGGGAAGCUUCACAUCGGCUCAUAUUUACAACAACGAUGACCACGAAGAUAACGAUAUCGAACUUCCCAAAUCGAUGAACGGUGACGAUUUGUUGGCUAUUUUCGAAAAUGACACCGCAACCAAUGCUCUGCAAUUGCAAAGGGAAUUCUUACGAGUUAACGAUAAAGCUUCUGAUAUCCGAGUGAUGCAAUGGAACGUGUUAUCUCAGACUAUUGGUCAACAUUACGAUAAAUUUGUCAAUACUCCUCGCCGGGCUCUCGAAUGGAAACACAGGAGAUUUUAUAUUUUACAAGAGAUGAUUACCUACAUGCCGGAUAUAUUCUGCUUACAAGAAGUUGAUCAUUUCGAAUUUCUAUGCAGAACGUUAUCAACUCAAGGAUACGCGGGUAUUUUCUGCCCUAAACCAGAUUCUCCUUGUCUACACGUCAAAGACAACAAUGGCCCGGAUGGUUGCGCUAUUUUCUACCUGAAAGAGCGAUUCGACGUGAUCAAAACGAAAAAGAAAGUUUUACCUGUAUGGACCAUCAGUAGCAAUCAAGUCGCUAUCAUCAUCCAAUUGCACGACAACUGGUCAAACAAGGACAUCUGCGUGGUCACCACUCAUCUAAAAGCUCGCCCAGGAGCUCUAAUGUCUUCCAUACGUAAAGAACAGGGCCGAGCUUUAAUGGAAUGCGUAUCAGCUUACUCGGAUCAAUGCCCUUUACUCAUUUGCGGUGAUUUCAACGCCGAACCAACCGAAGCUGUUUACGACGUCAUGUGCAGCAGUACCUCGAACUUGGGCAGCGCUUACGCCUUGGACGGUAAAGAGCCAUCGUAUACUACUUGGAAAAUCAGAGAAGAAGGAGAACAAUGCCAGACUUUGGAUUACAUAUUUUACACUAAGAAUAAAUUACGAGUCGACGCUAUAUUGGAAUUUCCAAACGAUGGACAAAUCGGUGAAAAUAGAUUACCAUCUUUGGUCUAUCCAUCCGAUCAUUUGUCUUUGGUUUGCGAUAUUUCGUACGUUUAAAAAGAAAAAUUUCAUCUUUUUGUUUUAAUAGGUUGAGGAUUUUUUUUCGUUUGUUUUUUUAAAAAAAUAAAUACUUACCUACAAGUAAAAUAUAAAAAGAUUAUAUUUAAAAACCCGGAGCCGGACACGUAAUUUUUAUACGAACCGAUGAUGAAUUAUUUUUAUAAAUUUACGCGGUGAUUUUAUUUCUUUCUUCUUUUUUUUAAAAAAUGCAAUUUUUUCUUGACUCGUUUGAAAAAACGCGCCUAUCAAGUUGUAAAUUGGCAUUUAGGUUAUUGACGAGUGUAAUUUAUACUUUUUUUUUCUUCUUUUUUUGGAGUAUUUUGUUGAUAUUUAUUUUUUAUUUAUUAUUUGUUAAUUAAUAAAAAGAAAAUCUCAAGAA